AUGAAUAUGUCAAGUAGCAGCUUUACAGCUUCUUCUAUACUCCUAACGUACUGCUUUCUUCUGUCAUGUCUGGUCUCAAGCUCCCAACUAGCUACAGAUUACUACUCAACUACUUGUCCCAAUCUUCUUAAGAUCGUACGUGAAGAGGUUCAGAAUGCCCUCAGGACUGAAAUGCGAAUGGCAGCUUCUCUGCUCCGGCUGCAUUAUCUGGAUUGCUUUGUAAAUGGUUGCGAUGCCUCGGUUCUCUUGGACGGGAGAGACAGCGAGAAAUUUGCUGUGCCAAACCUGAACUCAGCCAGAGGAUUUGAAGUUGUGGACAAGAUCAAGAGUGCCGUAGAGUCUUCAUGCAGAGGCGUUGUAACCUGUGCAGACAUAUUAGCCAUAGCUGCUCGAGAUGCAGUUGUCCUAAGCGGAGGAAAACAUUGGAAAGUUGAACUGGGAAGGAGGGAUGGGGUGGUGGCAAAUCAGACGGCCGCAAAUACUGAAAUACCUUCUCCGUCUGCAUCACUUGAUGCUAUCACCUCCAAGUUUGUGUCGUUGGGCUUAAGCCUCACUGAUAUGGUGGUCCUAUCUGGAGGACACACAAUAGGAUUGGCAAGGUGUGCCUCCCUGAGCAACAGAUUAUACAAUUUGACAGAUCCAGACGUGGCGUCCGAUCUGAAAACCAGAUGCCCAGCGGACGGAGAUGGUAACAACACAGUUCCUCUGGACAGAAAUUCAAGGGAUUUGUUUGACAACCAUUACUACAAAAACCUGGUAAGUGGAAAGGGUCUUCUUCAGUAUGACCAGAUGCUGUAUUCUAGUGCUAGUGGCGAGGCUGCAUCCGCCACAAAGGCUUUGGUCGAGCGUUACAGCAACGACCUCAACGUUUUCCUUGAUGACUUUGCAAUUUCCAUGGUCAAGAUGGGUAGAAUCAGUCCCUUGACUGGCUACAACGGUCAGAUACGCAAGAACUGCAGGGUCAUUAAUAAUUAA